GUCACUGCCUCCUGGAGCAUGGCACAGGAAAUCCCCACAGAAGUCCAGAGGAUGCAGAAGAAGACAAGCACCAUGUCUCUGACCAUCUCCUCCUCCUCCUCCACCUCUGCUGCUGCGUCCUCCACUCAUGAGCUCUCCUCCUGCUCCUCCACCUCCUCCUCCUCCUCCUCCUCCACUUUCCUCGCUCAGAGACACUCCAGCCUGGUGCAGCCACUGUGCGUCAGUCCUCAGAGGCCUCAGAGUCCCGUCUACAACCAGCAGUAUUCAGGCAGCGGAGUGGCUCCCACAUUUGUUAAGUGCCUCCAUGAUGUGUGUACAGUGAAGGGUCAGCUGGUGGUCCUGGAGUGCAGACUGAGGGGGACGCCGCCCCUGCAGGUUAUGUGGUACAGAGAGGAUGAGCAAAUCCUGGACUCCGAUGAUUUUAGGAUACUUCGCAAGAAGGCCAGUUCUGCAUCAGUGCCGGAGGAGCUGUGCACGCUGGUGAUCACUGAGGCCUUUCCUGAAGACUCAGGCCUGUUUAAAUGUGUGGUCCACAACGCCUUUGGCACCGUCUCCUGCUCAGCCGUGCUGGAAGUUUAUGACGACCUGGACGAGCAGCUGGAGGUCGAGACCGUUCAUCAGGAUGCUUAUUCUGUCAGACAAGAAGAAGAAGCCAUGUUCCAACAGGAGACUUUGUCCUCCAGGACGAGCAAAGACUUUCCCCCUGUGCUGUCAGACAGUAUGAACCUCCCUCCUCCUGAGUGGCCUGACGACACUACAGAUGAUGACAUCCCUGUUGCAGAUUUCCCUGAGCCUCAGCUGGCCAACCAGUCCUCUGAAGAGCCCUUUGGUCGCAGCGAGGAGGAGUGUGCCCUGAGCUCAGAGGGCCAAAGGUCACCAGAGGUUACCGUUCGAGCCUGUACGUCGAGCCCAACUCCGCCACCCUCACCCCCCCCUCUGGCACAAGCCAAGGAGAAAGCCCCAGCGCCCAAGCUGUUCACCCCAAGCAAGCUCAAUUUCACAUCCUCCCAGUCAGGAGGUAACAGCAUGAACCUGUCAGACCUGCCUACCUUCACUCCCAGUGCCUUCCCUCCCAGCGCCUUCAACUAUGAGCGACCAAGGCAUUUUAUUCAAUCUCAACCAGCCUUCCAGGCACCCAGCUAUGACAGCGUGCUGAAGGAGGCCCAGGAAAACCAAAAUAACUCCCAGCAGAGCCUCAACAGUGCCCAGAAAAGUCCAAAUGUUCUGGAGACGCAGAGUCAAACUAAAACCAUGUCCGCACAAAGUCAGUCGUUUUCCCAGUCUCAGUCAGUGUCGAAGUCCUUGUCACAGACCCAGUCACAGUUUCAAUUACUGAACCUCAGUCAGAACCAAUCCCAGUCAGCCGCUCCGCCACAGAUCCACUUCCAGACCAACGGAACAGCCAAGAGUUCUCCGUCUUCAUCCAGCCUCAGCUCCCCUGUCUCCACCCCGGCUUCCUCUGCUGCACCUGCCCUUUCCUCCACAGGCCCCGUGCUCAUUCCCUCUACCCCCACAACCUCCUCGUCUUUCCCAGCCUCCUCAUCUCUGCCCCGCACCACCAUGCGCUCCACCAUCACCCUCACCCCUAGCAUCCCCAGUGCCACGGGCCUUGGCAGCGCCACCUUGCCUGCUAACCAGGACACCAUGUCAGCAUCUGCUGCUUACCUGUGCUCUGUGUUACCCUCCUCCUCCUCCCCUUUCUCCUCCAAACUAUCUCCUAACACCAACCAUCCUUUCUCCUCUACCUCCCCCUCCUGCUCCCCACUUGCACCCUCAAGCCCUCACCUCCCUAUGAGAACCUCCCCUUCUUCAUCCUCUCUCCCUCAACAACCUCUGCCAGUGUCUCCUUCCCUCCCACACUCCCCUCUCUCUCCUUCCUCCUCACCCUCCUCUGUUUUACAGCAGCCUGUCACCCCCAGCAAUCAGAACCGGGUACAGCCUGCUGUUGUCUCCUUACCUGCUAGCUAUAAGGGGACGCCAAGCACCCUCCCCAAACCCAUAUUGAAGAAGGCUGUAGCUCCUCGACCCUCCUCGUCUCGCUCCACAGACGAAGACAUUCAAGGUUCCAAAGACGCUCUGAUUCAGGACCUGGAAAAGAAGCUUCGCUCAAAGGAAGCCAGGAGGAGGAACAGCCAGAAACUGUCUUACGAGGAGCGUAUGGCUCGUAGGCUGUUGGGUCCAGACAACACUUCCUACAUGUUUGACCAAGACAGUCUUUCAGACUCACAACUUGACCAGCCAGAUUCACCAGAAGGAAGACACACGGGUGGACUAUGGGGGAGGCACCACUCGAGGACAGAUGAGAGGGGUAACGAAGGAUCGGCUAUCCAGGAGAAAUGUUACGCUCCUCGCUUCCUGCAGGUCCCCCCGGACCUCACAGUGGAGGAGGGACGCUUCUGUAGGAUUGACUUCAAGGUGGGAGGCCUCCCAACACCCGACGUCUCCUGGUAUCUGGAUGGUAAAGCCAUUCGUCCGGACGACUACCACAAGAUGCUGGUGUGUGAGAAAGGGAUGCAUUCAUUCAUCAUUGAGAUUGUCACAGUGCAUCAUGCUGGUGUGUAUGAGUGUGUGGCCAGGAACCGAGCCGGGGAGAGCAGAUUUACCAUGAGGCUCAAUGUAAUAGCUCAGGAAGUUCUCCGUCCUCCCACCUUUGUUCAGAAGAUGAUGAACUCCAGAGCUCUGGAGGGCGACACUGUGAGGUUAGAGUGUAAAGUGGAUGCUUCUCCUCCACCGCAGCUCUUCUGGAAGAAAGAUAAAGACAUGCUGCGCAUCGACCCCAACAGAAUGAGUCUGUACCAGGACGGGUCAGGCCGGCAGUGCUUGUUGAUAGAGAGGCUGAUGAAGUCAGAUGCUGGCUGGUACACUCUCUCUGCCAUUAAUGAAGCUGGCAUGUCCACAUGCAACGCCAGGCUGGAUGUAGGAACCCGCACAACUCCUGCCAUGAAACCUGCGCCUGCCGGCUCAAAGACUCUGAAGCUGCUGUCCUCUCUGAGCCACGUUCCUGCUCUGACAGUGGAGAGCCCAGCCCAGCACACUGCCCCGCUGUAUGAGAGCGAAGAGCUGUAGACCCAUGACCUCCACUAACCACCAUAUCAGAACUGUAAAGAGAGGAGCCUCUGACUCUAACAUCAGGGCAGAAACUAAUAGCAUCGCAGCGUGCACAUCUCAGAGCAGUUUGGAUCCACAACACAUUCAGUAAGCUUCAAAAAACAAACAUUUUGGCUGAUGUGUCAUCUUUUCAACACUUGGGUAUAUGAAAUAGCUACAAUGCAACACUGGAGAUUUACUUGUUACUUUGAGAAAACCAUUUGGAGAGUUUGGGACUGGUUAUUGUCCAUGUGCUGCUGUUUGUCACAGCUGUUUCCGCCCUUCUGUUUCUGUCUGUUGGCUGUUUGAUGAGCCUGUAAGCCCCUCUGCUCUGCUUUCUCUCUCUGCCUCUUCAUCCUCCCGUCCCGUCUCAGCUGCAUUCUGCUGAGAGCAGAAUGCAGCUCCUCGGUCAUGGAUGUAUUAAUAGAGCUGGGUAUGCUGUGGCAGAGGCUGCCCUGCUGUCAGGUUUGGUCUCAAUGGGCAGCCACAUUACUGCAACACAAUCUCCUGUGGUCCAGAAACCAUUUUUGAAAGGACACAUUCAUGGCAGGACUCAUGGCCAUAUAUUACAACAUGUACUGAAUGUUUAAACUAAUGCUUAAUAUUUUUAAAUUUUAACCAGAGCAAGUUUUUUUUCCAUCGCUUAAUACAAAAUUUAUGAUAGAAGCAGGCUGAGUCAAACUGGACACUUGUACAUUGACGUGAACAGCGCAUAGUGCGUGUGCUGCUGUGCACCCUUUAAACUCUCAUCCAUGGCCUAGAUUAGAAAACUGAAACCAACAGCUCUACCCACAAUCCAGCAGUGCCUCCACAUAUCACACACACUACACAUCAAUCCUGACAACUGUCUGCUUAUCACUCCUUUGUCCAUCCGUGUUCUUAACCACUUAUCCAGCGCGGGGUUGUGGGAGUCCUGGAACGUGUUCCAGCUGUCAUAGAAAGACUGUAAAAAAAGAUGGACGUAGCUGCUGUGAUAUCACCCACUGACUAAUGAAGUCCAUUUUUUUGAAGCCUCGAGCUGUGUUCGAUGUCUCCGUCCAGGUGUUUUGAAACAAGAUGUGAAGAGGGAGGGGCAGAUCAGACUGAAACUGAACACACUGCAUGCUCAAUGGCUAACAACUUGUGAUUGAUAUGUUGUUAGCCAAUAACAAUAUCCUGGCCAUUCCUCCUUUCUGACUUGAAUAAUAACCGUAUUUCCAUUAUUCAGUGUAACCUGAAACUAAAGGCUGCGUCAUCAGGAAAGUGUUUAGAGGUCACAAAGGAAGAAAGCUGUGGGCCAUUUUCUCCCAUACACUAAUAAAUAACCAGAAGUCUUUUUUUUAACCGUUACUGCCCCCUGCUGUCCACUUACAAAGACUGCAGCUCCAAAGCCAAGUGUUGGCUCCACUUUUUAGACCUGCUAAAAGCUACGUCCAUCUUUUAUGCGCUGUCAGUGGUCACAGGGUGAGAGGCGGGGUACACCGUAGAAAGGUUGUCAGUGAGGAGAAAGUGUCCUGUACUCCAUUUCUGCAGCUUUUACUUAUAUUUUGUGUGCGUUUGUCCUUAAAUUACUGCUGCCUCUGCUGUCUGUAAAGCUUUUUAACCGGUCAAAUCUGGUUUUAAACUUUUCCAAUUCAUCAGAUGUUUGUUACUGCUCAGAUUCUCAGCUGUGGUAUGAGUUUAAUCUCUGUUUGAAAAGUUGCUUUAUGGUACACUAUAUGUAUGUGACUGAAGCUAUUUAUUUAUCAGUGUUAGGACUUUGUCGCUUUACCUGCAGAAGGCUGAAAAUGUGUAUAAAGACCAGGCUGCCAUUCUGAUACCUGAAUGUAAAACCUGCUCUGCACACAAAGCAAUGUUCAGACUGAACUGUAAACAUUUAUAUUUGAUCACAUCUGCAGUGCAGAUAUGUUUUAACUCCAGAGGAGAAAAUCCAAUUUUUUUUCCCCCUCUUUAAAUACAUUUAUUUCUGUUGAGCAUACAAAUGGGUAUCAGCAUGCCAGCCUGACUCUCCAUUUCUGACCUUAAAAUGAAUGAAUCCAUCAGAAAUUUUCUUGCUUGCUACUGCCAGCCUGGAGCUCAUGUCACAAAAAAUUAAACUUGGGGUUUUUUUUGCCAGAUCUGCAUGCAAAUUAAAUCUGGCAUUUAACCCUGUGUGGCCACAGCUCUGUGAGACAGUCCUGUGUAGCUGAGAUCUGGGUCUGGAUAAACUGCCUUAAAUGUAGCCCCAGGUGUGAGAAUAAAUGCUGAAGUAGUGGGGCUCAUUUUACCCAAAUCACUCCAACUGCCUUGUACUUCUCUAAUCCACUAAUCUUCAGUUGAUCACUAAGGCACGUGGAUCAGAUGGGGUUAACGCUUACUUAAAGCACCAGACUAAGUUGAAAUCUGCAGUGUAUAUUCUCCUGUACUGUUUGUUGUGAGAACUUCUACAUAUCACUGGAUGA